UCCUCAACUCCGCCACAUCAAUUCACUCCCCGUCGCGAAACCUCCAUUGAAAUGCUCGUGAGUGAGUUCAGAAGAACCAUAGAAGAAGAAUAAGGCUAAACAAAUGUCUGCCAUAUUCAAAUACAAAUCAAAGCUCCACACUUUUACCUUCAGAACAUCUCUUUUUUCCAUAUCGUCUUCCAAAUUUCAUUCCCCUUCUCUCAAACCUAGAAGAAAACCCUCGCUCUUCUUCAACCCAUUUGAAGGUUCUAGAGUAGGGCUAGUGUUUAAAUUCGAAGGUUCUAGACUAGGGUUAGGGUUUAGGCAUAAAUGGGAGGGAAGCUCCGACAACUACGAUCACAUAAAAUCAGAGGUGAACUGUCCACGCUGUUCGAAGAUGAUGACAGUGCUAUUCUCUAACCGGCCGUUGUCAAUCACCGCCGGAGAGACUGGAAUUUACCAGGCGGUGAAUUUGUGUCCUUAUUGCCGGACAGCGUUUUACUUUAGACCGUUUAAGCUGGAGCCUUUGCAAGGGACUUUCAUCGAGAUUGGCAGGGUUAAGGGAGGUGAAAAAGAGAGUGACGAUGAAAUGGCUGGGAGUUCUGGGAAGAAUGAUGGCAAGAUUUGGGAAAAGUUGAGGUCUUAUAGUGGGACCAAUGGUAGUGAUGAUGGUGGACAGGGUAGUUGUGAAACUGAAACGAAGGAUUCGACGGAGGCAAGAAAGGAAGAGGGGUGUGGUAGAGGAGGGUGGGAAGGUGCUAAUUUGGGGAUAGAGUUGCUUACACCAAAGGAGAUAUGUAAAGGGCUUGAUCAGUUUGUUGUUGGACAAGAGAGAGCCAAGAAGGUGCUUUCUGUUGCAGUUUACAACCAUUAUAAACGAAUAUACCAUUCCUCUUUGAAUAAAAAGUCAGAUUCCGGUAAAGUUAGAGAUGAGCUGGAAAAUAUUGAUAAUGAUUCGGUCGAAUUAGAGAAGAGCAAUGUUUUACUGAUGGGCCCCACUGGCUCAGGGAAAACAUUACUUGCGAAGACGCUAGCUCGUCUCAUCAAUGUUCCUUUUGUAAUUGCGGAUGCAACAACUUUAACACAGGCUGGUUAUGUCGGCGAGGAUGUGGAAUCUGUAUUAUACAAAUUACUUGAGGCUGCUGACUUCAAUGUCGAAGCAGCUCAGCAAGGGAUUGUCUACAUAGAUGAAGUUGAUAAAAUAACCAAAAAGACUGAGAGCCUGAAUGUUGGGAGAGAUGUAUCUGGUGAGGGCGUCCAACAGGCGCUGCUGAAGAUGCUUGAAGGAACUAUUGUUAGUGUUCCUGACAAUAGAGCACGGAAGCAUCCACGUGGCGAUACUAUUCAGAUAGACACCAAAGAUAUCCUUUUUAUCUGUGGUGGAGCUUUUGUUGGUUUAGAGAAGACAAUUUCAGAAAGGCGACAAGAUUCCUCAAUUGGAUUUGGAGCACCUGUUCGAACUAACAUGAGAGUGGGUGGUGUAACUGAUGCUGUAGUCACAUCAUCACUAUUGGAAUCUGUAGAGAGUGAUGAUCUCACUGCAUAUGGACUCAUACCUGAAUUUGUGGGGCGGUUUCCAGUUUUAGUGAGUUUAUCUUCACUGGAUGAGGAUCAGCUUGUUCAGGUUCUCACAGAACCUAAAAAUGCUCUUUGCAAGCAAUACAAGCAAAUGUUCAACUUGAAUAAUGUCAAAUUACAGUUUACUGAGAAUGCACUUCGACUUAUUGCUGAGAAAGCCAUUGCCAAAAACACUGGUGCACGAGGCUUAAGAUCUAUACUAGAAAGUAUUCUGACUGAAGCCAUGUUUGAGGUUCCUGGAAGUAAGCCAGGUGAGGAAUCUGUAGAGGUUGUCCUGGUUGAUGAAGAGGCUGUCGGAACAGCUGAUACAGUUGGAUGUGGAGCAAAAGUUCUUCGUGGUAGCAGUGGGCUGGAGAAUAUUCCCCCUUCUACUGGAUCAACAAUGACAAUGGAAAAGAAGGAAGCAACAAAAGAAGACUUGGAUUCAGAGUCUGAGGCUCCGGCAAGAGCCUUGAGCUUGUGAUCUCAGUGGUCUUUUUCUUUUCCAUUUUUUUUGUGUGAGUUGGUGUAUAUAAAGUAUUAUCAAACGUGCAAAGCUAGUUGGGGCUCCUUGUUCUUAAAAGAAGGCUUUUUGUAAACCCAGAUUUUAAACUCCAAACUGAGUUUUUAUAUAUGUUCCACAGCCUCCUUCCCUGGAUACUCGAUCCAAUCCAUUUUGACUUCCAGUACGAUGCUUUAUGCAGUUCUGUUUUCAUUCAUAUUAGAGGUUCUA